AUGCAUUUGUGGAGGUAGAGAGAGAGAGAGAGAGAGAGAGAGAGGCACAAACACAUAUUUGAAGCGAAUCGUGACCACCUUUCCUCUCCCUUCCGCUUCCUCUUCUUCUUCUUCUUCUUCUUCUUCCUCUGUUUUUCUCUCUAGCUUUAUUGAUAUUCUCUCUCUAGAACAAGGGGUCUCAGAACAGAGAAAUGUCAAUCAACGAAGAGACUAUCGACGAUGCGAAUGGGGAUCCGUUCGAGAAGAUGAAGCAGAGCCUCAUAGACCGAUCUAAGAAAGUGGCCCAAACGAAAGACAUGUUGUCGAAACAAGCGGUUAAAUCCAAGGAGAUCUUGUCCAAACAGGCCGUUAAGUCGAAGGAGAUCUUGUCUAAACAGGCCGUUAAGAUCGCUCAUCAGGCUGAAGAACAUGAACGAUUCAUCAACAAGGUGACUCAUUUCUGUGGUGUUCUUGGGUUUGGAGCAUUUUGCUUUAUUUUGGGUGCAAGACCCCAAGAUAUUCCCUACGUAUACUGUUUGUUCUAUUUCAUUUUCGUUCCUCUUCGAUGGAUUUAUUACCGGUUCAAGAAAUGGCAUUAUUAUCUUUUGGAUUUUUGCUACUAUGCCAAUACUAUCUUCUUGAUCAUGCUUCUGUUCUAUCCGAAAAAUGAAAAGCUUUUCAUGGUUUGUUUCUCAUUUGCCGAGGGGCCAUUGGCAUGGGCAUUAAUCGUUUGGCGUUGUAGCUUAGUUUUUAGUUCUGUCGACAAACUUGUAAGCGUCCUCAUCCAUCUUUUACCUGGGAUAGUUUUCUUCACAAUUCGAUGGUGGGAUCCGGCAUUCUUUGCAGCCAUGCAUCCCGAGGGAACUGCUCAGAGAGCUUCAUGGCCUUACGUCGAAAGCAAAUCUUACCUGUGGACAUGGCUAUUUCUGGUACCCCUGGCUGCUUAUACCUUUUGGCAGAUUCUCUAUUUUUUUGUUGUAAAUGUUCUACGUCGGCAGAGGCUGUUAAGAGACCCCGAAGUCAUGACUUCGUACAGGGAACUCUCGAAAAAAGCAGAGAAAGCUAACAACAUGUGGUGGCGAUUAAGUGGUUUGCUAGGGGAACAGAACCGGCUCUUCAUGUAUAUUCUGCUUCAAGCAUUGUUCACGGUAGCAACCAUGGCACUUACCGUCCCAAUAUUCUUGUCAUAUAGAUUAAGUGUUAUUUUCCAAAUACUCAAGGUCUCUGCGACAACAUGGAACGGAGGAAGCUUUUUACUUGACGUGAUGCCAAAGCAGGUGAUCCUAAAGGAGAAGAAGAAAACAGAGACGCAGCUUGAACAAACCCAGGAAGGUCAGCCCUCAGUAGAAGAGGAAAACAUAGCAGAACUGGAAAUGAAGCCGGUCAAUUCUGCCAAUUAGCACCAAGUCUAGAAUACAACUAGAGAAACCUUCUAGCGGUGUGAUGGUUGUUUACAGGUUAUUGAUAAUGAUCAGCCUCUUUGAGUGGGUCUUAACAGAGUAGUUUUUAGCAAUAGGAGAUUUGAAACUAUGUUUUUGAAAUAUUCAUUAUAUUUUUGAACUCAAGUUUGAAAGUUGGAGAGUUCUGAGUUUGGAAUUUGUUUUAGAUGGUCAUGUUCAAAUGUUUGAAAGCUGGACAAAUUGGAUUUUGAUAAGGUGAUUUCAUUAAAUGUAUACAUAUGCAAUGUUUGUUAGGUUCA